GGCGGAAGUCAAUUUACCAAAACUCAAAACACCAUCAAAUUUCACUCUCACCAGUCUUGCCUUGGCAUUUCUCCAUCUCACAAUCAUCCACCUGACUAGAAGAGUCCUUCAGAACACCCAAAAAGCUCAAUAUACCCAGAGUAAAUUUAUUUAAAAUAGCACAUAGUAAGGAAUUAAUUUUCUACUUCAAGUUACUCAUUUGCUUCAUCCUGACCACAAAAAAAAACGAAGUGACUCUAAAAAGUGUGUGCAUCUGUGAAAUGUGAACUAGAGCUUUUUUUCCGGAUUAUGGUGGAAGUGACUGUAGUGAAUUGAGGAGAAAUGGGAACAGGAGAUCGAUUGUUAGAUAUUCCUUGCAAAGUCUGUGGUGACCGGAGUAGUGGUAAGCACUACGGUAUAUACAGUUGCGAUGGUUGUUCAGGCUUCUUUAAGAGGAGCAUCCACAGAAAUCGAAUUUACACGUGCAAAGCCACAGGAGAGAUGAAGGGACGUUGUCCAGUCGACAAGACACAUCGAAAUCAAUGUCGGGCCUGCCGUCUAGCUAAAUGCUUUCAAUCAUCGAUGAACAAGGAUGCGGUUCAACAUGAGCGUGGUCCCAGGAAGCCGAAAUUGCAGCCAGCAUCGCAGCACCAUCAUAUCCAGCAGCACAUUCCGAUGUCGCUCAUGGCAAAUGUGUCAGCGUCAUUCAAUUACUCGUCACAUCUGACAAACUCCCAGCCGAGUUUUGCCCAAGCCACUGUUAUGCACCCCACGACAAAGCCACCCCCGCCCUUCCCUCCCAUUACCCAUCACACAAUCCAUCAUGCUCUGCUGCAGCCAACACCAAAGUUGGAUACAGCCAAAAUGUGCCCCACGUACGGUGACCUGGCCAGCCAUGGGCGUGCCAGCGAUUUCUUCAGCCACAUCAAUCACCUCUCACCUUCACCCACGCAUACGAUCAAGAGUUCACCCAGCAUUGAUCCCUCGUCGUCUGAGGGCCUGGGAAGUCCACAGCCGGCCGCAGAGACUGCUACCGUGGCGAAUCGACUCGCGUCAUCAGCCCAGAAUGGCCUCCUCGACAUCCUCAUGAGCUCUGACAAAUGCCAGGAGUUCAUCCAGUAUCAAGUACAUAACACCAUCAUGUUUCCUCCGCCGCCUCCACCCCUCUCAGCAGGCAGCACUAGCUCUUGCGGGGGUACCAUGGAUAUCCGACUGCCAUCGUGGGAGAUCCUCCAGGAGACCACGGCUCGCCUUCUCUUCAUGGCAGUACGGUGGGUGAGGUGUCUUGUGCCCUUCCAGACACUCUCGAAGGGUGAUCAGCAGCUUCUUCUUCAGGAAUCGUGGAAGGAGCUUUUUCUGCUCAAUCUCGCACAAUGGGGUGUACCCUUUGACUUGGGUGCCCUACUGGAGAGUCCUCAUGUACGAGAUCGUCUCCCUCAGGAUGCUACAACACUCACUGAAAUGAAGACAAUGCAGGAGAUUCUCUGUCGUUUCCGGCAAAUUUCACCAGAUCCCAGUGAAGUGGGAUGUAUGAAGGCAGUUAUUCUUUUCUCACCAGGAUGCCAAUUUCCUGGCUUGAAAAUCAUUGCAGAAACACCCCGUCUCUAUGACAUUCAGCCCGUUGAGAUGCUUCAGGAUCAGGCUCAGUGUAUCCUAUCGGAUCAUGUUCGCCUGCGAUAUCCUAGGCAACCAACGCGCUUUGGGCGACUUUUACUGCUUUUGCCCUCCCUGAGGGCCAUUAGGGCCUCUACCAUUGAGUCACUAUUCUUCAAGGACACCAUCGGAGCUGUUCCCAUUGCCAGACUCCUCACAGACAUGUAUCAGAUGGAAAAGUAUGCAGAUAUCGAAAAGUAAGUGAAAUAUUUCUUCUCUCAACACUUUUAUCCUUUGUUCUGGAAAUUCUUAUUUGAAAAAAAAAGAACGUGGAGGAAAAAGAGGAAGAGAUCCCUUUUUUGUGAAACAGUUGUAGUUUUAAUCAAAAUGAAAAUCAAAUAAAUUCACUGUCCAAGAGAAUAGAAUAAAAAUAACAGUACGCUGUUAAA